AUGAGUUGUCACAUAUGUACAUCUGCCCACUCCCGCUUGCCAAUUCUCUGUCCGACAUGUGCCCGCAAUCGUCUUUAUCAGCUACGUCUCGAACACACCCAGGUCCUUCUUGAAAAACAGUCCCUUGGCAACCAAAUCGAGAUCGCGACCGCCCAUAGCCAGUUAGGAUCCUCAGAAACCGAUCACGACAGCUCCUGUCGCUGGGCCCUCCAAACCAUUUUAAGUCAACAAGCUGGCUCGAUCUCCAGGGAGGAUGUUGUGGCGCAGCAGAUAAACACUUUGAAAGAGGAAAUUAGGGCAAAAAGGGCCGAUAUCCUGGACCGCAAGGCGCGGUUGGCUCGCAGGCGUUCCGAUGCUGAAUCGGCCCAAUACCAACUUGGGGAGCGGGAGGCUGCUAUCUUGACAGGCCUGCAGAACACCACCAAAAGGACCGAGCAUCUAUGGCACACAUUACAUAGUAAAACGGCAGAAGCUCGGAUAUUUCUUUGCCGCGAAGCGGCUCAUCUGUAUGGGUUACGGCAAAAAGCAACCAAGAAAGGCGACGCUAGCCAGACCUAUGUCCUUGGAGGCCUAGCAAUUGUAGACUUGCGGGACAUGAACGGAAAGUUCCCAUUUCUGGCCGCUAUCACUCAAAUUCAUACUAACAUUUAUACAGGCUCCACGACAGCUCAGAUAUCUACGUCGCUCUCCAACAUUGCCCUCCUCCUGGUCCUCGUUUCGCAUUAUCUUUCACUGAGACUCCCCGCCGAGAUCAUUCUACCCCAUCGGAAUCAUCCUAACCCAACCAUCUAUACCCCUGCUGCAUCCUACGACUCGCAUAAUGCCACUGAUGGAACUUAUAAUCCUCAACCCCCAUCCAGCCUGGCAGUGCCCCGACCUGCAGACACUCGCUCGCGUCCAAGGCCACUAUUCAUUGAUAAGCCUCUCCAACGUCUCGCCAAGGAAGACCCUUCCACGUAUUUCCUCUUUCUUGAGGGUGCCACUCUCCUUGCUUGGGAUGUCGCAUGGCUGUGCCGGACCCAAGGAAUCAACCUAACUUCUGACUCAUGUGAAGAGGUCUGCAACAUUGGAAGUGGAUUGUGGCAGUUAUUGGUUGCCCCGCCAGCUCAGACGUCCACUUUGAUGCGGGCCUUCGCCGGUCGAGAUACGCAGGCUAAGGUGAAGCCUGCUAAGGAUUCUCCCCAAACCACAAUCCAGCGCAUGAAAUCAUUUCCUAUGCUUGGGCAUUAUUCCCAUGGAACAGUUCAUUCGUUUCUCGGGGCAUCGGAGGGAUCGGAAUUCAUGCGGACAUGGAAAUUACCCACUCCAACAAAGAUUUUUGAUAACUUAAAGUCGAACCUCCUUGGCGAGAUGGCCAGCGCAGAAUGGGAGGUAUUGGAACAACAGGAAUGGGAGGACGAAAAUUUCGAGACUCAACAACCAUACACGCCAGAGAGCAAAACCACCCCCAGGCCUGCAGAAACAAACGCGACCCCAAAUCAGUCAUCAAGACCAAAGGGCACAAGUGGUUGGACGAAGCUCAACAGCAGAUAA